UAUAGGAGCCAAUAUGGAGUUUCAUUUUCUUCCUUUCUGUGUUCUAUUCUGCAUUGUAAUCAGUGGAAAUGCUUCUCAGGCACCGGUUCCUGCAGUGAUGUAUUGGCAAUCCGUGUUACCAAACACUUCCAUGCCAAAAGCUCUACACGAUCUUAUACAACCCGAAACUGCACAGGAAAAUACAAGCACUUUUUCAGAAGUAGAGUUUACAUCAUUACAGGCAGAUUAUGGAAUUGGGUAUAUUAAUAAAGAAUCACUUGUAAAAAGCACCAUAGCCAGUAAUAUAACGACUGUCUACUUCUUACAUGACGAUCUUCAUCCUGGUCAGAAGAUGAUGCUCGUUUUCGCCAAAUCAAGUAAUGAGUCUAAUUUCGUGUCGCGUAAAAUUGCGCAAACAAUACCCUUUUCAAGCAAUAGAUUUUUGGAAAUUCUGAAACAUUUUUCAAUAGAACUUGCAUCAAGAAAAGCUCAAAUUAUCAAACGAACGAUCAAAGAAUGUGAAGCGUCGGGUGUUAAGGGUGAAGAUAAAUAUUGUGCUACAUCUUUGGAAUCAUUAGUUGAUUUUAUUGUUGCAAAAUAUGGAAACAAAGUUGAAGCAUAUGCAAAUGAGGUAGAAGAAGAGAAUAAGAAGCAGAAUUAUACAUUUUUGAAGGGAAUAAAAAUGAUUGGAGACGAUCAAAUAGUAUGUCAUAAGAAGAGAUAUCCUUAUGCUGUGUUUUAUUGCCAUAUAAUAAUGGAGACAAGGGCUUACUUGGUUCCGUUAAUGGGUGAAGAUGGCUCCAAAGCUGAAGCAAUUGUUGUUUGCCAUAUGAAUACUUCAGCUUGGAACCCAAUGCAUUUGGCUUUUCAAAUCUUGAAAGUUAAGCCUGGAGGCCCUCCAAUUUGUCACUUUCUUAAUAGUGAUACUAUUGUUUGGAUACCUAGCUAGAUUUUUGUAAAUAUUAAAUUUAAUAGUUUUUUGUUGGCUUAACCCAUAUAGAGGUCCCUGUACUUCACACUUUUAUUUCCGUAGGUCCUUAUACUUCAUUUUUGUAUUA